ACGAGUUGUGGCGGGACUGACUCCGAGAGGAGGCUUCAACGUGAUUCGAGUUGCGAGACAUCCACGCCGUGCCCAAAAACGACACGAAAUCGCACCUUGAUAGGCCUAACCUUUGACUGCUCAACGCGCAAUUUGCAGUAAUGAAGAAUCGAGGGUCUGCCAAAAUCUCUGUCAAAUGGAUCCCGAUCCUCUGUGUCUUUUGUUUUGCUCUUGGAAUUAUCUUCUCUAACAGGGCGUGGGAUGCACCUGAGUCCAACGGUCAGCUCAUAGCGCAGGGUCGUCAAGAACAAGAGUUGCAAGUUGUCUCCGAAGAUUCCACAGCUCAGAAGAUACUUUCACAUGAUAAAAAUGUAAUGGGCGAAGUCUUGAAAACCCAUGAAGCAAUUCAAUCGCUAGACAAGUCAAUUGCAAUGGUUCAAAUGCAGUUAGCAGCAUCUAGGAGUUCUCAGGAAAUGAGCUUGGAUGGCUCCGCUGCCUUGUCUCAUGAUGGCCCACCCCGGCAGAAAGUUUUCAUGGUUAUUGGGAUUAAUACAGCUUUUAGCAGUAGAAAGAGGCGUGAUUCUGUCAGAGAGACUUGGAUGCCUCAAGGAGAGAAGCUUCUUCAAUUGGAGCGUGAGAAGGGGAUUGUUAUUCGCUUCAUGAUUGGCCAUAGUGCGACAUCCAACAGCAUUUUAGAUAGAGCCAUUGAUUCAGAAGAUCAUCAGCAUAAGGAUUUCCUUAGGCUGGAGCAUGUUGAAGGAUACCAUGAAUUGUCUGCAAAAACAAAAAUUUUCUUCUCCACUGCAGUUGCUAAGUGGGAUGCUGAAUUCUAUGUCAAGGUGGAUGAUGAUGUCCAUGUUAAUCUAGGCAUGCUAGCUGCUACUUUAGCACGGCAUCGUUCAAAACCCAGGGUGUACAUUGGCUGUAUGAAGUCUGGGCCUGUUCUUGCUCAAAAGAAUGUCAAAUAUCAUGAACCAGAGUAUUGGAAAUUUGGAGAGGAAGGGAACAAAUAUUUCCGACAUGCAACUGGACAGAUAUAUGCAAUCUCAAAGGAUCUCGCCACAUAUAUCUCAAUCAACCAGCCCAUAUUGCACAAGUAUGCUAAUGAAGAUGUGUCACUUGGAUCAUGGUUUAUUGGUCUUGAGGUUGAGCACAUUGACGAACGCAACAUGUGCUGUGGAACUCCACCAGAUUGUGAGUGGAAGGCACAGGCAGGUAAUGUAUGCAUUGCAUCUUUUGACUGGAGCUGCAGUGGAAUAUGCAAAUCAGUGGAGAAGAUCAAAUUUGUUCAUGGAAGAUGUGGUGAAGGUGAUGGAGCUGUAUGGAGUGCUCUCUUCUAGAUUAAAGUUGGAUGAUGUUACUUGGGCAAAUGAAGAUGAGUUAUGUAUUUAUUAUCAUGGUCUACAAAAUGGUGUGAGGCAGUUGAGGGUUCAGUUAGAGAAAGCACAGCGUGGUAAAUACUAUACAGUUUUCCAAAUUUAUUGCUUCUUUUGUUUGUUGGAGAUGCUUUGCAAGAGUUUGGAGGAAGAUCUUGUGCAGUGUUUUACACGGGAGCUUUUCUUUCAAGAUGCUAGUUGUUGCACAGACAUGGUUUGUAGAAGAGUGUAUUCAACACACCUUACUCGAUAAUUUAUAGAGUGUGGAAGGAUACAAUACAGAAGUAUGUAUACAAAUCAUUAUACGUUUACAUGGUAGCUGAAUAGCUCUUUCAUUCUGUUUCCCCUCCCCUUCCCUCCCCAAGGAAAAAAAAAAUACUAGGUAAAAAAAAAAAAGAAUCUGAUUUGAUUAGAAUUUGUUUAGCCAGAUGUAACUGGUUGUAGAUCCUUCAAAUUAGCAAUACAAUACGUAGUUUACUAGAAAAUAGAUGGCCGUGCUGCAAGUUUCAUAAUCUAUUUGUGCAAAUUGAAGCUCCAUUUGUUUA